AUGUUAACUGGAUUGUGGACGUUCCUAGCAGGAACAUUUAGUCUGUGUUAUAGUCGCCUCGGAAAGGAGGCUUCUUUGUCACUUGGCCCCAGAUCUGUGGAAGACGAUCGGGGAUAUGGAUUUCUAUCGAUGAACGGAGGACAGAAAUGUUGUCCCGGGAACAGGAGAAAGACCAGGAUCCCGCAACAGAAUCUGAAGAAGAUGUCGAGACGGACGAAGAAGGUACUUCGGCUGAUUGACCUGAUAAAGAAGUUCCAGGACUCGGGAAUGAAAAGAAAUCCGUCAGGCCAACGAAGGCCAGCUGGACCUCCUCCUGUCAGGAACCCCAAAGGACGUCAUAAAAGGAGGAUACCAAAGCCAUCUGUACCCGAAGAGCCCAAAAUCCACGGUAGACGGAGGGCAGCAGGAGCAGGAGCACCUUUUAAAGAAGAGCCCCGAAAAGGGGGUAAAUGGAAUCGCGUCGAACCACCCGUUAUGCUCAAGAAAUGGAAGAACAUACUAAAGGAAAGAGACCGACUCGUGAUUGCAUUAUUAGUCCAGAUGGAAGGGUUGUAUGCAGUCACGAAAAAUGUCUCGUUGAUAAACCAUUUGGAUAGGCACGUCUCUGAACUUGAAGCGGCCAAAAGGCACAAUAUGAAACUGGUGAUUGAAAAAGUCAAGCAGUGCCGCUGCCAAGUUUCAGAGCAGAAGAAAAGAAAGGACGAGAUGUCAGAGCCUCGCAUUGGCCGACGCAAACUGACAAAGUUGCUGGCUGAAAAGAGACUUUUAAUGGAUGAACUGUUUGUACAAGAAGAAGGCCUUGAUCCAACCGAAGAAAACCUCUCCAUGAUAUAUCACUUGGAUGGUCACUUAUUGGACCUCCAGUUGGCUGGAGUAGGCGCAAUGGGCGCAGUCGUGGCAGAGACCAAGAACUGCCGAUGCCAAGCCAUUAAACGGAGGACGAUGAACGAACAAAGGGAAGACUUGAUCUAUGAGCUCAUGGUGCAGAUCGAAAGAAAGCAUCCAACUUCGGCAAAUCUCGAGGCCAUAGAUCACCUGGAGAGUCACAUCUGGGACCUCGAUAUUGCUUCAGCCGAUGAGCUCAGAGUUGUGAUCAGAAAUAUCAAGAACUGCGCCUGUCAAGCUGCGCUGCCUAAGGACUUCAAUAAAGUUCGGGAGAGGAAGGGGUGCUUUAGGCAGAGAGGUUGGAGGAACGCUCUCAUGGAGAGGAAUAAUUUAAUGAAGAAAUUGUCGGCACAAUUAAAAGCCAUUGACGACAGCUAUAGAGAAAGCCACUACUCGCUGAUUAAACACUUGCAGAGACACCUGUGGCUCCCUCCAAGAGCGAAAGAGGGAGACAUUCAAUUCCUCACGGAAAAAGCCCACAAAUGUUGGUGCCAGACUCUGGGUCAAUGCGAAACUUAUGAACCAGCAAUGGCCAGACAAGGAACGGAGAGGACUGUAGAACAUUCGUCCCCUAUUGGAUUUGCAUAUAGACCAGACGACAGAGCUGUUUCAUGGGAGAAAACCGGAGAAUCUUCGCCACAGGAGCUUUCCCCAGAGAGGCAGCAGAGAGGAGAGUUCCAAGGUCGGGAGAUUCCCAGGAGACGUGAUAUCUUCACCAGCAUCAAUGAGGCUGAACCCUUUCUCGCCAACAUCGUCGGGCAGCAACUCCUACAGCAAGUCCAAGAGGAAAGGAACGCCCUCAAUGAAAAGAUAAAAGAGUUCGACGAAGGGAGAGAGCUUUUGAAUAAUGAGAGGCGUACUCUUGAAGCUGAAAGGGAACGCUUCAACCAGGAAAAGAGAGAGGAACUGAGAAGACAAAGAGAGAAUCUCAUUAAGAAUGAAGAGAAAUUCGUUAAGGAAUUAAUGGACUUGAAAUUGGAUAGGGAAGCCUUCCAGAAAGAGAAGGAGACGUUCUACUUGGACUACGUUGACAAGAAAGCAGAACUGAUAAGAGAAAAGGAGAACCUCACCAAGAAGCAGGAGAGGCUCGCUAAGGAAGCAAUGGACUUGAAAUUGGAUAGGGAAGCCCUCCAAAAAGAGAAGAAGACGUUCUACUUGGACUACAUUGACAGGAAAGAAGAACUGAUAAGAGAAGAAGAGAACCUCACCGAGAAUCUCGAGAGGGUCGCUAAGGAAGCAAUGGACUUGAAAUUGGAUAGGGAAGCCCUCUAUAUCCAAGUCGAUGAAAUGAGAGGAGAACUAAGAAAAGAAAAAGAGGAACUCAUCACAGAGCAAGAGAUGCUCAGGAUGGACAUUGCUGCCUUCAACCAGGAGAAAGAAGAAUUCUAUCGGAUGCAAGACCCAAAAGAAAAGAAAGACAAACAGAAAAGAGAUUUGAGACUUAAGGAAAAGUCUCAGGAUACAUGCAGCAGAUCAGUCGGCAUUGAAACAAAGACACAGGGGCCAAACAGCAUGCAGCUUAUGAGCGAGGAAUUAAAAAGAUUCAUGGAACGUUUUAAUAAAGAAGUUAAUGCAAGCACGAAGUAUAGAAGGAAUGACACCCAACAGCUGUUCGUAGGAAGGAGGACCAGCUCUCAGGAUGAGAGCCAAGAAAAACCAGAAGAAACAGACUUUGAUUAA